AUGGAUCGCGAUUUAUGGAUGGAUUUCCUGAGGGUGCAUGUUGCAAGAACCAGGAAAAACAUAAAGCCCGCGGAAGGAGAAUUCAAAGCACUAUUGAAAACUAUAGAGAACAAUUUCGGAGAAUUUAUGCAACAUAUGGGUGACAGCAGUAUGAUUGAGGCUUAUGGGUCCAAUUGUAAUAAUGAUGAUCCGCAUUACUGGGCACAGCGUAAGAGUGCAGGACAAGGAUCGAAAGUAAUGAUGACUAGGGAAGAUAAAAUUGUGUGCAUGCUAAUGACAGGCGCAUUGUCCUUCGUGAAUGGGUGGGGCACACGAGCAAAAUAUAAGGAAGGGACUAGUGCAGAUGACAGAAAAGCAGACGAAUUCAUAAAAUGCGCACUAGCAAAUAUAUACAUGUACACAUUAGAGGAAACACGGAGUGAUGCAAAAUGGGGUAUAGAUUAUGCAUGGUACCUAAUGAAAGGUAUGGAGGUAUCUGAAAUGGACAAUUUAAUUAAAGAUGAGAAAUGCAAGAAGGGUGCUCAGGAAUAUGGAAAGGGACCCAAUGAUCAGAUAAAGAACAGAAUUCGGAGUUUGUUGAAGUCUAAGGAUGCAACGUUCAAUAGAAUAAAGGAGGAUGCAGUGGAAAAUGAGAAAGUUCAAGAAGUGAUCAGUGCGGCUGUAGAGAAGAAGGAAGAAGAGAAAGUAAUACAACGAAAGUCGGGCAAUAAGGACAGUACAAAUGAAGACGAGGAAGGAGGAACGAACGCAGAGAGACCGGAAGUAAAGACAGGAGCAGGAGGGCGGGCAUCCAUGUGGAACUACUUAAUAGUACUAUGGGAUGAUUAUAUUGCGCAGGGCGACACGGGCGUGACGGAUAAGAAUAUUAAAGACUGGGGGACAACUUUCUGGGAACAUGUGAAGAAAGUAUGGGAAGAAUUUAAAGAAUACGUUGAGACGGCACAGCACGUUGGGCGUGCGCGCAUUAUGUGCGCAUCGGGCAAGGCGAAUGAUAGUAGUGGGACAUGGACGGAACAGGACAGUGCUAUAUGCGAGUUAACAUACAUAGCAUUAGAUUUUAAACAUGAUAUCGCGCGCGUGAUAGCAAACGUGACUGAGGGAAUUACGCAGACUGAAGUAGAUGAGGACGCGAAAAUGAAGUCAUAUAUCAAAUGUUUCCUAGUAAAUAUAUUUAUGAAGAAAAUAAUGGGCAUGAAUUGUUUAAAGAGACCUGGUGCACACCUAGCAUUUGGUGCAGCGGACGGGAUAUUCAAAAAUAUGGCAGGAAAGGACGUGGGUAAUAUUGAGUGUGAGCGACAAGAUGCAGAGGAAGGAGGUGAACGGGGGAUACAAGCGCAACAUAGAACGUUCUGGCAAAUAAUGGACAGAUGGUUUGAAAGGAAUAAGGACAAACUAGGGGACGGGGAUUUUGGAGUACUGGGGGACGGUUGUAUGGUAGACACAACAGGAAGAAAGGGAAUAAAGGGGGAAGUACAGGAGCAGGAUGCAAAGGUGGGUGAGUUGAACAAUAAUGAAGAUGGGGCCAAGGUAAAAGACACAGUGAAAGCAGAAAUAAGGAAUGUGAACAAGGAGAUAGACGAAAACGUGUCGAAAAUACUGCACGAAAUACGAAAUUGUAUGAAUGGGGAAACCGAUUGUAUAAAAAAGUUAUUGGAGAAAGAAAAGGAGGAACAAAAGCAGAACAAUACAACCCCGCCGGAAAGUGUACACGCGAACGGGAAGUCACCGGACGUACAGACACCAGUAUCACCAUCAACAUCAGCAAAAGCGCCUGUUGACACAGCAGUGACAGCACAGACAGAGGACCACGGUUCUAGACAGACGGGUACGGGAGGCACCCAGGGGGACACCGUAGGAACAUCACCAGAGAACGAUGCGACGCAGCCCGAUCACACGAGUACAGGUAAGUCUGAUCCUCACGAGGAUAUAAUAAUUCCUGACCUUCCACCCUUACCAGGGGAGGAACGAGGAUAUGUUGAGGGCACGGAUGAGACUGAUAAGUACAAAGGGAAAGGUGCUGUAGCUUUGCCCGGGACUCAGGGUUCAACCACAAUAUCCAUAGGAACCUCAGAAACUACACAGAAUGUACCAACAGGGAAGGAGACAUCAGAUAGUAUACCAGUGACAGAGCCACAACCACCGGCACCGCAACCAUCAGGAGAAGAGACAACACAGGAAACGACGGACAAAGUACCAGUAGGGGGUGAACCAAACGCAGAAGAGCUCGCACCGGGGAGUGGCACGUCCAUGAUAUCAUCCCCCGAUGACGACAGCCCCCCAGCGCAUCCAUCAAAUGGCGUGCCUGAUUCUAACUCUUCGACCAAGAACAAAGAGGACCCUGAGGACUCGAGCACAGUACUAACCACUACAUCCGACGCCCCCACGAUUGUUGGUCCCGGCGCAAAUGCUGUUGCUGAAGGCAUCGAAACAUCACAGUCGGCUGGUCCUGCUGGUCCAGAUGGGGCAGCUGGUUCCACCGGUGAAGCCGGUACCCCGGCGGGUGGCCGUGGCGGCCAAGCGGACCCCCCUCCACAGGGAGCAACAUGGACUGACCUUAUCCCGCAUACCCCCGCCAUCAUUCCCGCCGUGGUUGGUAUUGGGCUCAUUGCGUUCUUCCUCUGGAAGGUCAGUAUAUACGACAAUGCGGGCAUGCCGCAUGUGCAGGCUGUUUAUACCUCAGAACAUCCCUACGGACUCCAAUACAUGAUCGUUCUAACACAAAUGUACUCCUACACCCGCUUUCAUUCCUUUUAUCCUACCGUCCUCACCCUUACCCCCUUUUUCUGCUUACGCACCAUCAUCGAGCUACAUCUAGAAGUGCUCAACGAAUGUGAAGUGACCGAAUGGGAAAACGUCAAAGACGACUAUUUGCAAAUACUUGUGGAGGAGUUUGCACAGGAGUUGAUGCGGGACGACGACAGGAAUAACAACAUGUUGGGUGUGUCUACCAGAAGCGACGGUUUAUCACGGAACCAUGUUUCCUCCACUGACUCCAAAGGAACAGAUCCAUGUCCAGAUGGUGACCCCGAUCCAUGCAAGUGUAUGGACAACAUACAGUUCGCCACGGACCCUUGCCCACCGACUGCAGACGACCCCGAUCCAUGGAGUUGUAUGGAAACCAUACAGUUAGAAGAGGAACAGAGUCCUGCCCUUACAGGUCCCGAGGACGCGACUUCGGAGUGCACCCAAUGGAUUAACUGGAUUGACCGCAACAAGUACCUUUUGCGGGAGUGCACGACGCAGCCGUGGUUUUUGCAAUUAAAAGCGGAAUGGAAACAAUACCUGAGUCAACAUUGGACAGAUGAGGUAUCCGCGCACCGUGAAUUCGGUGAGCGUGGCAAUAUGCCAUCCGCAGAGAUGAAGAAAGUGCGGUUGUGGAAACAAUGGGUUUCCCAACAACAUCGGCAAAUGAGUACAUACACUGAAGAGGAGUGGUUCCAACAUUUGUUGAAUAAUGUAGAGGAGGAGAAAACAGAAGAGAAGUGGUCCCAGAGGGAACAAACUUUGCACGUAAGCAACAUCCCAACAGCACAGGAAGGAGCAACCCACGCAGAAGCAGAACCGCGGGCCCCUGAAAAUAUACCGUUUACGAAGGUAAAAGAACCAGAACAGCAGCAAGACCACCAUCCGGAAUUGCGACAUACGGAGCAAUUAACCGCUCAAAAACUGUGGAUGCUAAUCCUCGCGUCCGUAAUCGAAGAAUGCGAAAUCGAGAAUAUUAUGCAGGAUAGGGAGUUAUAUGUGGAUGCACUACUGCACAAGCUCUGCAAUUAA